AUGAAGAUGCCUGGCCGCACCAUUUGCGCCCUAUUUUUGGUGUACGUCGUCGGCGUUCCGGCCGAGACGACCCCGGCAGGGCAGCGGAUACUGCAGCUCUUGCAGAAUCAUGUGGCGACACCUCAGACGCCUCAGACGCUUGCAGAGGUUGCUGGAGCCCUCGGUUCCUUAGCCCUGGAGGGCCAGCCAGCUCAUGAGGGAGCCAUAUCAGCGAUCCGCACCUUGAUCACCACGCUCCUACAGGAUAUUACCACGCAACACCAAGCUGCUCAGACGGCGAUUGACAACACAACCCUCUACCAGGCCUGCAUCAGUGCCAAGGAUAUUGCGUUCGGAAAGGCGAAUGCUCUGACUUCAACCACAACCAGCACCACAACAACCACAGGAGCGCCCACCACAACCACCAUCCAUGCCGACCUAGCUACCUGCAAGUCACAAGAGGCGGACCUGAUUGUGAAGAACGGGAACUGCGAGUUAGAUGCCAGCCGGUCAGCAAAGCUGGCAACCUGCGAACUCUACGACGAUAUGAACUACAUCAACGCAGGAGCUGCACGUGCAGCACGUUGCGGAGACGCCGCAGCCUUCACAGGCACCUACGAGGAAUACCUGGAGCGUGAUAUCCAGACCCUCGCUUUGCUGCAAGCACGGAGCAAGAAUUGCAGUGCGGCUACAACUGCUUUCGAUUCGAAGGUCACAGAGUGUGCGAAAGCUUUUGACGAGUUGACAUCGAAGGUGCAGGAGUGCUUGGAAUUGGAAGCUCACCUGGCCCAAAUCCAUGCCCUUCCAGAUUCGUCCACGCCGGCCGUGACGCAGGAGUUCUGCGCGCCGUGGGCGGCGAAGGUGGCGGCAUGCAGCAACUACGACGCUUGCUACACCUCCGAGGCCGUCAUGGAAGAAAGCUCCUUCAAUGCCGCAAAGCAGGUGGCCAACAGCCGGCAGGCUGAAUACCUCGCGCUGAAGCGCAUCGACUGCCUCCUCACUGUCUUAGCGUCUUCCGCCGCGGAGCAGCCGGACAAUCUGACGGCCUGCGUGUCGGCAGCCCACGAUGUCAGCAGCCUGGAGUUGAAGAAGCCGGUGCAACCGGCCAAGGCUGAAUGCGUGCCAGGCGUCCAACCUGCCGGCUGCGUUGCUUCGAGGUAG